AUGCUCAUCCUCGUCUUGACGUCCUUCAUCCUUGGAGCCAGUGCCAUUGAGCCAUGCGUGCCAUACAUCAGUGAAAUAUCAAAUUUCACCUUUGGAAACUCCAGGAAUUUGCAAUUCAUUGAACUGCAAGUCGCGGAAAGUUGCCGCACAAAUCGUAAGGCAAUGCAGGAAAUGAUCUUUAGCGAUUACGGCCUUGUCAUUCUUCACACAAAAUCGCGAGAGAAAGGAGAUCGCUUAGCAUUUGAGAUGAAAACAUUCGUGAAAUUUGCGAGAUCGCUCUGGCCCAAGCAACGCCAUGAAACCAACGCAAAGAGAGGUGGCCGCAGAGUUGCUGAUCAAUUUCUAGCGUUUUUCGUGGUGGGUGGGCCAGCUUCACUUGCUCCUCCUGUAACCGCCAGUGAACGUUCUGGAGAAGCGAUCAAUUGGGAUAUGUACACAAGCGAUAUCGGUGGCAAGUGCGGAUCUCUUAUCAACUGGCCUCAUUGCGAGCAGGCAAUGCCUCAGGGGCAAGGAUCUCUAGACAGGUUUCUGGUAACCGAAUCGCCUUCUCCUGUUUUCGUGCAUAUUUCAAGCGAAAAGGAAUUGCUGCAAGGUCAAACAGUGAUCGUCCUCGUGCAAUUUGACCACAAAAAGAGGAAAGAAGAAGCGGAUUAUUUUUCGCGUGCGUUCAGCUACGUGCAGUUUGAUUCCAACAAGAACAAAUAUUUUGCACCGGAGUUGGUAGUCACGCGAGAAAAGCAGGAGUGGCUCUCAGCACGUGUCAGGGAUAUGAUUGUGCUGACACCCUCCCUGGACGAAAGUGAAAUACUCCCAUUGCACCGUUUGAAAUAUCUUAUCUCCCCUCAUCUUCCUGUUGCGAUCCAUGUCCUACCGGAAGGUUUCACCGCCCUCAAAGGGGACGAGUCCAUUUCUCGUUGCUCUUUGGAGGAGCAUAUAUUUGCUAUCACCAAACAGACUCCCGGCAGUGACAACCUCUGCGACUUCAACGUCAAUUAUCUACAUAGAACACCUAUCACAGAACUUUGCGAGCCGGAUGAAACACCUGAAGACAAUACCAUUUCCGAAGAUAUGAUUUUGGACACUGAAGAGUUUUAUGAGCCACACCUAGAUAUACUCAUGGAUGUGGAUGAUGUUGCAGCAUCAACAUCGCAGCAACCCGCCACUCCUGCUCCCGCAACUCCUGCUCCCACUACUCUCAGUUCUGCCGCUCUCGCUCCCGUCACUCCUGCUCCUCAACGACGCUCUUGCCCGAACUUGGAAUUGAUUCGGAAGCAGGACAAGGCUAUAAUCAGCCUCAAUCGACUUUUGGAAGGUGAAGAACGUAUCCAAAAUCAAGUAUGCACUGUGGAUGCUAGAGUAAGACAAAUACAGUCAAAUCUGAAUGAACAGGAAGAGUUGCGAAAGGCAGCGGCGGAGUACGCGACUUUGGAAGUGAGACGAAAGUUCGGAAAAGAAAUGGACCCUGAACUACCCGAUAAACUGAGGAGGUUGAGGCACAUUGGCAUCGAUUUUACCGACAAUCAGAUCAAAAAAAUGAGCUUUUCUUGGCUGCAAUUGGUACUGGACGAUUCUGACUUGACAAAUUCGUUUUUCCGUUGUAAACUUUGCAACAGAGAGCAUCCUUUGCGAAAUCAGGAGUCGUUGUUCGAACACUGUUCUAGAGCCAUUUAUGAUAAGGGCAAGUCAACAAAUUCGAUGGGAGCGAACAAAGUGUUGUGCAUCAAACAGGCGGCAGAUGCUCCUAGAGGUUGGAAACAUGGGCUGUUCAGGAUAAUCGAUAGCCACGUAAGCACGAAGGAACACUUGCAAGGACAAAAAAUGUUUCAUCAAGCUUGUGGAGCUCAGCAGCAAGAAAAUUUGAAGUUCGCCGUGCAGGCAACAAUGACAGCAACUUUAUCGGCGUACACCAUAGCGAAACAGGGACUCCCGCUGUCUACGCAAUUCCCUCUUUUGAUGUUUGCGCUGCAAAGUGGUGCAAGCGUUGGUUCAGCCCACUACGAAGCGACCACUGCCAAACGGAUGAUAAAAAACUUUGCUGUGCAUAUCGAGUACGAACUCUUCAGAUACCUAACUAGUAAUGACCUUCCCUUUUCCAUAUUACUGGAUGGAUCAUCGUCUUCUCGAGGCACAAAAUGGAUGUGUUACAUGAUACGAACUUUAACCCCGUCGUUCAACCCCUAUACAUUUCACCUUCUAAUCGCUGAGUUAAGACGCGAAACAGGAGAGAGCAUAACAGAUACUCUACUGUCGCACUUGAAGAAACGAUCAUCAUGGAAAGAAUCUCCUGGACUCUCCACAUCACCGUAUGAUCAUGCUAUGAAAAGACUCGUGGCAAUCACGACUGACGGAGCCUCUACGAUGACUGGGCAUAUUGACGGUGUUUAUGGAAGGCUUAAACGUCACAUAAAGGAACAGACGGAAGGUUCUUUCUCACCGAGACACAACUUGCUGCUGUUUGUUUGUUCGGCGCAUAAGCUCAAUCUUGCCAUGAAAGAUGCACCUCAUCCCGGCUACAAACUUGCUAGAGCACUCAUCAUGGAAAUGCACAGAAUUUUUGGUGCCACGCAAUCUUCUUCUGCCCGCAGGCACUACAAGGACGUAGCAAAAUUGAUGUCGUUUGUAAACUUAGAGAUGGGCCAAUUUUUUGCCAUAAGAUGGACAGACAGUUUCAGAAAGGGCCUGAACAAUGUCGUUCGCAUGUGGCCCGUGCUCAUCGAAAGUUUACACAGGGUAGCUGAAGACAGUACCAUUGCAGAGAACACGCGCACACGAGCAAGACUUGCGUCUUGGAUUAUGAGAGACGGGCGCGUUUUUUUCAUGAUUCAAUAUGUUUUAGGCGCACUUGACACCAUCGCGUCGCUUUCUCUGACUUUCCAGAAUUCCGACAGUCUGGCAGUCGAUGCUAUGGAAAGUGGUCGCGCCGCGCAACGCAAAUUGAUAGAUGAGUCCGUAGUCGACUCCGUAAGUAAUCGUGUGUUAAAAGAGUUGACUAGGCACAGAAGUGUAGUGUGCCUCUUUGACGACAACCGAAAAAACCGAAAACUGUUGGAUAGAGAGUUUUUGAAGAAAUACUAUUCGCACCCGGAGGAUAGCUCACCUGAAGCUGAAGUGAAUCAACAUUUGGAAAAAUGGCAGCUGAUAUACCUGCCAAAGCAUUUUAAAGAUUACAAGCCGAGAAACGAAGAAGAGUUAACAGAUGAAGAAAAAGAGUUGAGAUCUGCGCUUAUAUCGCAAAAGAACUUCAGGUCGCUGGAAGUGAGAACAAACGAUGAUGAUUUUUUUGAAAAUGUCGACCCGGAAUCAGAAAGUUUAUUUUUUGAUCAUCAGGACUCCCCCGACAUGGUGCAGGAACCGGGUCUCAAUUUUGGGCUAGGGUCAAGCUAUCGCAGUUUCUUAUCGAAACUUGGUGACAAGAGCGUAUGGGAUGAGGCCCAAGCAAUGUAUACGGACAUAUAUGCUUCCAUCGGCAAUAGAAUGCAAAGUUCAUCUAUUCCUGAUUCCAUCUUUGUUGCAGUUGACCGCCACAUAAUUCUCGAUAUCAUAGACUUUGAAGGACAGUUUCCAACAGCAUGGGAAAAAUAUGCGCCUCCGACUGCUACUUUCGAAAAUAGAGGCUUCGCACACUACAUUGGUUUCGGCGACGUAUACGACACUGCUACUCGAAACAAAAUGUUCGAUGAGUCAAUAGGAUUGUUGGAAGACUACUGUGUGGCGCCCCGACUCAAAGAACCGCUAUACACUUUCUACUCGUCUUUGCACAACAGAGUGCAUGAUCUGCGGGAGUGGCCACAAGAUCUACGAGAAGAUAAGACCUCUAGAAGGCUUUAUCAGAAGCUUCUGGAAUUUCGCGACGAGCUUGACAUGCCACCAGAGGUUGAACUGGUGUUCAAAUGCGUGCUCGUAAUACCCGCUAGCAAUGCUGACUCUGAGCGGACUUUUUCUACGGCGAAUCGUCUAACAGCGGGAGAGAGAAGCAGCUUGUCCACCAAAACAAUUAACGCUGUGAUGCACGUGCAGCAAAAUGGUCCCAAUCUUCUCACAGUUUCACCUAAAAAACUGGCGCAUCAGUGGAUCAGUCCCAAACCCGGACUCCAACUGCCACGUGGAAUUCACUCAUCAAAGGGGUCUACCACGAACAUGAUGUCCACGAUACAAAAAGCUUAUUUCAAAAAGACAUGGGAUGCCGACUCUUUCCAGGAAGUACUGGGAAGCGAAGUCGAUGUAGAGGGCCUGCUGAAUGUGUUUGCCGAACAAGCUGUGAAAAAAUCUCUUUACAGCAAGAGCGAUAUCGAGGUUAUUCGUCAAGAAAUUAUCGCUGAGGAAAAGGCAAAAUCCGAGAUCUUUAGCAUUGGUUUAGCUCACGUCAACGACGUUGAUGAUCAGUGA